GUUUGCUGUCUGAUCUCUUGCAGUAGGGGAGUGGUGCUGCUGUCGUCGUCCGUGGGCGCUGACAGCCGCUAGGCUGUCCUGGGGACGCAGCCCCCGUGCUGAAGAGGCGGUGACGGCAGGGAGCUUCCGGCAAGGCUCCGCUGGCCUCCUUGGCCUCCCUCCGCCGGUCCUGCCGGCCUUCUCCUGCUGCCGAGUGCUAAGAAAGUAAUUUUGAAACCAGUCAGGCUAUGGCCUGUGACAGGAUAAUACAAAAGGACUGGUACCAAAUCCUGGAUGCAAAGCCAUCGGACAGUCUGGCAGAACUGAAACGAAAGUACCAAAAGCUGGCUUUAAAAUAUCACCCAGACAAACAGCAGGCAGAUGUGCCAGCAGGAGAAGUGGAGGAGCGCAUGCAGAGGUUCAUCGAAAUUGAUCAAGCGUGGAAAAUUCUAGGGAACGAAGAGACAAAAACCGAGUAUGACCUGCAGCAGCGUGAAGCUAAUCUGACAAACGAAUGGCCACUACAUGCACAAGUUUCUCUUGAGGACAUGUCGUGGAAUGAAGAUGAACAAUGUUACACUCUCUCAUGUCGCUGUGGUGGGAAUUACACUGUCUUCAGGAGUGAAACCAGAGACGUGUCUUUGGUUUGUUGUGACACAUGUUCACUCGUUAUCGAGAUCCUUCAGUGAUUGUUUCAAACACAUAAGAGUUACAGAUUUUUAAAAGGACUGGACAAAGAGGGGACAGCAUCUGCAAAAGAAAUGUAUGCUGAAGAAAAGGGAGGCCUCCAAGACCAAGUUCAGUCAGACUUAGGAAGGAAAAUGUGCCCAUUUUCUAGCAGAGUUCUGUGGGCAUGAGGCUUGUUUUCUCUCUACAGCUAAAGAGGAAGUCACUGAAAAACUCCACAACAGAACUCUGUUCUCUACAACUGGAAUGCACCUCAUGAUCUAAGUGACAUUUCCUUCCUAGCAAAUAAUGGAGUAACUUCUUUCAAGAUCACUCUGUAUCAGCUAUACCUUGGGCCCUGCUGCUUAGGUUAAAUCCUUUAGGCAGCUCAGAUGACAAAAUUUAAUCAGGAAGCCUACAUCUGAGAAAGCUUUGAAUAUAAUGAAGAGUAAGGUGCAUUAAUGGGAAAGGGGAAUGUUUUCUAUCUAUGCUACAUACUUCAUUAAAUCCUCACAAGGUCUUGAGCCUUGGAAAGAGAGGGCAGAGACCUGCAGUUCCAACAGGCUGGUUGUCUCAGCACUACCUAGCUGGUGCAGGCACUGGACUGUAACAGUGCAUACACAUGAACUUUCCAGCUUGGAGCAGCAGCACGUUUGGAACUGACCCUCCCUAUCUGAACAAAUGCAGUCUUCAUUCUGCAGCUGAGAACUAAGCAGGAAGCUGUGCUUUGACCUUCCUGGGCAUACAAACUAGAGCCAGCUGAAGGAGAUCCCAACUGAACACAUAUGACUGGCAGAUCUGGAACCCCGCUGUUAGGUUUUCAGUUCCAAUCCUCACAGGCCCCACUACUUGCUAACACAGGCAUAGCCUAUGUGUGGCAACAUAAUCGCAUACUGUGCCUUUCUCAUCCCCUGUUAACAGUCAGUGCUAGCUCUGGCUUGUAAAACUCCAAACUUCCUGCUAAACCCAUCACUUUCUGUGAACAGCCCAGAGGAGAUGGAGUAGGAGGUGCAUCGUUUUUCUUCAUUCCCACUUUCAAGUCGGCUGUAAUCAAAGGAGGAAACAUCUUCAUGGAGUAACACUUGUGUUUAUUCUAAACAAAAAUAGUUCCAUUGAUCUAAGUAGAAAAUAUGGUGAAAGCUGGCAACAGUCGCUGAAAUCUCUUAAUCAUCAAGAAAUCUGUGGCCAUUGGGACUUGCACGUAGAAAUCCAAAGUCAUGGAGAGGCCAUAUCUGCAAAAUAAAGUCAGGAGAUUUUAAGCACAACAUCAAGUCCAGUAUUUUCAGUUGUUAGUGUUCUACAUGGUUCAUAAACUGCAUCAUUGUUCUA